AGAGAGAACGGAGGGAGGGGGGUGUUGGAGGACCAGAUAGAAAAAAACAUAAUAAUAAUGUAUGAGAUUAUGACCGGGUCCCGUUUAUAUAACCCGUUCCGAUCGUUCUUGCUGUUGUUUUAAAGCUGACCAAGGUGUAUGAGUAGCGACGGAGAAAAGCGUUUUACCUUGAAACGGUAGCGAAGGAAGGAAGGAAGGGGAAAGCAGAGAGAGGAGAGAGAGGGGGGGCGGCUGUUGCUGCUGGAUAUUUGGAGAAGGAAAACAACAUGGCUGCUGUGGAGCUGGAGUGGAUCCCUGAGACCCUGUACAACACCGCUAUAUCCGCCGUAGUGGAUAAUUACAGCCGGUCGAGGAGGGAUAUACGCUCACUUCCUGAAAAUAUCCAGUUUGACGUCUACUACAAGCUCUACCAGCAAGGCCGGCUUUGCCAGCUGGGAGGGGAGUUCUGUGAGCUUGAGGUCUUUGCUAAAGUCCUCCGAGCCUCUGACAAAAGGCACCUCCUACACCACUGUUUCCAGGCACUAAUGGACCACGGCGUGAAAGUGGCUUCAAUCCUGGCCAAUUCCUUUAGCCGACGAUGCUCGUACAUUGCCGAGUCGGACGCACACGUUAAAGAGAAAGCCAUCCAGUUUGGCUUUGUUUUAGGUGGCUUUCUGUCAGAUGCCGGUUGGUAUGGGGACGCCGAGAAAGUCUUUGUCUCAUGUCUCCAGCUGUGCAUGUUACACGAUGAGAUAUUGCACUGGUAUCGUGCACUGGAGUGCUGUGUCAGGUUGCUUCACGUGCGCAACGGCAACUGCAAAUAUCACCUGGGAGAGGAGACAUUCAAACUGGCUCAGUCAUACAUGGACAAGUUAGCCAAACACGGUCACCAUGCCAACAAGGCUGCUCUUUAUGGAGAGCUGUGCGCUCUGCUCUUCGCUAAAAGCCACUACGACGAGGCGUACCGCUGGUGUAUAGAGGCCAUGAAGGAGAUCACGGUCGGUCUGCCUGUAAAAGUGGUGGUCGACGUCCUGAGACAAGCCUCUAAGGCAUGUGUCGUUAAAAGGGAGUUCAGGAAAGCGGAGCAGCUGAUAAAACAUGCAGUAUUUCUAGCACGGGAACAUUUUGGCCACAAGCACCCAAAAUACUCUGAUACGCUACUAGAUUAUGGAUUUUAUCUCCUAAAUGUGGAUAACAUUUGCCAAUCUGUCGCCAUUUAUCAGACUGCCCUCGAUAUUCGGCAGUCUGUGUUUGGAGGGAAAAAUAUCCAUGUGGCCACGGCGCACGAGGACCUCGCAUACUCGUCUUAUGUGCACCAGUACAGCUCUGGAAAAUUUGACAACGCACUAUUUCAUGCAGAACGCGCCAUAGACAUUAUAACUCAUAUUCUCCCAGAGGAUCAUCUACUACUGGCCUCCUCCAAGAGGGUGAAAGCAUUAAUCCUGGAGGAAAUUGCCAUAGACUGCCACAAUAAAGAAACAGAAGAGCGCCUCCUACAGGAGGCCCACGACCUGCACCUCUCGUCCCUGCAGCUGGCCAAAAAAGCCUUUGGAGAGUUUAACGUCCAGACGGCGAAACAUUACGGCAACUUGGGUCGUCUCUACCAGUCCAUGCGCAAGUUCAAGGAGGCUGAGGAGAUGCACAUCAAGGCCAUCCAGAUUAAAGAGCAGUUACUGGGACAGGAGGACUACGAGGUAGCCCUGUCUGUGGGACACUUGGCUUCCCUGUACAACUACGACAUGAACCAGUACGAUGACGCCGAGCGGCUCUACCUCCGCUCCAUCGCCAUCGGUAAGAAGCUGUUCGGAGAGGGCUACAGCGGACUGGAAUAUGAUUACAGAGGAUUGAUCAAGCUUUACAACUCCGUAGGGAAUUACGAGAAAGUGUUCGAGUACCACAACAUCCUGUCCAACUGGAACCGCUUGAGGGACAGGCAGUUUGCAGUAGCCGACGCCUUAGAGGACGUGAACACCAGCCCCCAGGCCACAGACGAAGUGGUGCAGUCCUUCCUGCUGUCCAACAGCCACGCAGUGGGACGUUCCUGUAUGGGUUAAAUCCCAGGACCUUGUGGGAUUCGUUCCACACACAAACGUACACUCACCCGCAUCCUCACACAUCCUCAUCCGGAUUUAUUCACACCCCAUCACACAGAGUGGCGAGACGAGACGAAGCGAGACGGACCGGAUCCGGAAGCCGCAAGGUCACCCAUGUAAAGCAGGCCCGAGCGUCCUGUUAUUCACAAGAGCCCUGGUGAAGAGACGCGGCGUCUCCACCAGCGCAAUCAGAACUCUUCCUGUGGAAAAUGCAGCCUUCUAAUAGCACCCGGUUCACCUGCCGAUAAAGGAUUUUUUUUUUUUAAGACUUUAGAAAAUCUGAUUAUUUAUCUGACUUGCUAAAAAAAAUAAGUGUGAAAAAAUAGGCAGAUAAAAAAGGUUUUAAAGAUUAAAAUAUAAAAAGUCUUCUUUUUUUUUUUUUAUGUCCCCCAUGGUAUGUGGGGUGGGGUGGGGGGUAAUAACAGGAGGUAGGGGUGGAAUGAAGUAUUGCUUAACACACGCCUACUAUGGAUGUCGUUUGCCUGCAUUCCCGAACAACGACACCACGGAGACAGAGUGACACUGAUGCAGGCUGGACAAAGACACCCAUUAGUCGGAACAAGUGAAGGACACACAGGCCUCACUUAUGCUUGUCUUACUAAAGUUCGCUACUUCUCCACACGAUACAGAGCUCUACGUUAUAACGAUUUUCUUAUUUGUUGUGUUUUUGGCAAGUGUAAGGAAACCUGUGUUACAUUUUUAAUCACUUCCUGUUUUUUUUUUUGUUUGUUUGUUUGUUUCCCACUUCAUGCCACAAUAAGAGGAAUGGAUGUGAUUGUGGAUCAGUGGAUUUAAUUUCUUUUCAUUCACAGUUUGUUGUUUGUUUGUUGUUUUUUUUCCAUUUUUUUUGUAUCCUUGCAUAUUAGUGCUGACAUAGUUUCAUUUAAAAAAAAAAAAAGCCAAUAAUUUAUAUACAAAGUGUGCUAUAAUCCUGUAGGUGUAUAGUUGCAAGUGGAUGAGCCAAAAUGACUGAUUAAAACUGAUGGUGAGAAAAUGAGGCUGCCAAUAUGAGUGAGUGAAAGGACCGUGGAGUCAGACAGCCGAGCAGCUACACGCACACAAAAACCGGUGAUGCACACAAGUGUGUGUCGUGUGCCAUGCUGUAAUUGGUCAUUGUUAUUAUUAUCAUUGUCCUUUCAGAGCCCUAUUCAGAUUUGCACUGAUUCACAUCGUUGGCUCUCUGCCAGGGAAAAGAGCUGAGCGCCGCACACCCGGCUUUGUGAAGAGGCUCUGCUACAGAGGGACCAAUUGUAGAAGGGUUUCAUAGCGUAGUCUGGUGUGAACUCGAUGAGCUCUGUCAUAGAGGCAGACGUUAAUUAGUCAGCAUGUACUAUAAUGCAAUAUCAUACUCCUUAAAAAUUUAUUAAGAUAAUUAAAUUCCUGUUACUUAUUUAUAACCUCUCUCUCUCGCUCCACUUGUUCUAAAAAUCCGCAACUAAAAAAAAAAUGAUGAUGCCCGGUCAAGUGAGUGUGCAAUACGGUUUACACAGAAGCAUUUCUUACUUUUAACACAAGGCAGUAUUCUUAAACAAAUCUGAAACUUUUCCAAAUCACACAUUCAACAAAUAUAUGAUUGUAUUAUUAUUAUUAUUUUACAGGACUAUUGUUUUAAAUGAUGUGGGGGUUUUGCUUCAAAAAAAUCAGCUUGUGAAGUCUAUUUUAAUGUGUGUCUGUAUGUGUGUGAAUAGUUAAAAGAGUAAGUAAAUGCAGAGCGUUGCAUUGGUGGUGUAAAUGGAGUGUUUUGGAAUGUACCGAUGAUGUCAUGCUGCAAUGAAGACCCCAGCGCUAAGUCAUGUCCCAGCCUUUGUCCAUUUCAAGGACGUUCGGCUGGUGGUGCUCUGACUUCGUCGGCCCCUCCGCUUGCUUCAGACCUUGCCGUGAAAUUAGUUGUUUAAAUCACAACACUAGCUCUCUCUCGGAGCUCUCACGUUCCUCGUGCGAGUGCACUAAGGUUAGCCUAACCAAUUAUGCUGUUGAAAAUGUGAUUUCAACACCUUGCAGAUGAUACAAAAGAGAAUCGGAGAAGGGGGAAAGGUUGCCUUGUUUACACGGGGGGAAAAAAAGAAAAUGUAUUAUUGGACUAUUACAACACAACCAAUAAAAACAACCUGUGAUCUUGAGAACGA